UCACCGGCAUCAACAUGGACGAGAAGAUCAACUUGGAUUUUGAGGAUUUUUCAACUGAACCUUUCCUUGAGUCUCUUGUCAAAGACCUACAAGACCAAGACCCUGUGUUUCUGAUCGGGAUAUUCGUUGCUAUUGCCGUCGUAGUAAUCACAAUAGUAUUUCUGAAGUACUUCUUGGGUGGGCAGACAACCAGAAGUGCGGUUUUGCUGGUCGGACUGUGCGAUUCCGGGAAAACACUGCUCUUCAGCAGAUUACUGCUGGGUAAAUUCAAGAGGACCCAAACAUCCAUUACAGAAAGUAGUGCAGUAUACAAAGCCAAAAAUGAGAGGGGCACUAGCUGGACUCUUAUCGAUCUUCCUGGUCAUGAAAGUCUUCGACUUCAGUUCCUGGACAGGUUUAAGGGUUCAGCUAGGGCGAUUGUGUUUGUAAUAGACAGUGCCAUCUUCCAGAAGGAGGUGCGUGAUGUGGCGGAAUUUCUGUAUUUUCUGCUGACGGAUAGUGUGAUCUCCAAAAAUGCCCCGACCGUUGUGGUGGCAUGCAACAAGCAAGAUAUCACGAUGGCAAAGUCAGCAAAACUGAUUCAGCAGCAGCUGGAGAAGGAACUGAACACUCUUAGAGUGACACGUUCUGCAGCCCUCACCUCUCAGGAUGGCUCUGUCGGAGGUUCAGUGCAUUUGGGAAAGAAGGGAAAGGACUUUGAGUUCUCUCAGCUCCCCAUGCGGGUGGAAUUUGUGGAGUGCAGCGCGCGCAGCAGCAAAGGGGAAGAUGGAGAGGGUGACACUGAGGCGCUGGAGAAAAGUUUGGCCAGGCUGUGAAAGGACGCGACCCCUUCACUUCAACCAUCUCGUCCGCCGCUCACUUCGAUGAGGUCAUCUAUUUUUGCUGGUGUCUCACCUGCUAGCUUUCCAUUUACAAACGGUGAAAACGGAGACGCCACCUCAUAUAGGUGCAGGAUAUUUAUCAUGCCUCCAGUGGCGUUUGUGCACAGUUUACAUUAAAACUGGGUACAUAAAGCUUUGGAAUGUUUCCGAGUCCAAGCACUCUUUUUUUUUUUUAGAAAUCUGCUGCCUUCUACAAUUAAGCCAGAUUUUUUUUUUUCUCCUCUUCAACUUCAGCAUUUCACUAUGAGACGUGAUGGUGCAUUAUAGGUGACACGUUUAAUGUAGGUAACAGACUCCUUACCUCCAUCCCAUCUUUAUCUUACCUUUAUAUUUAAAUAUCAGUUUUUUGAUUUGUGUUAUAGAAACAGAGUGUAGAAUAUGUUCUCUGCUCUUUGUCCCUGUCAGAUUUGUGCCUUAUAUGUUCAAAACGUAGAACUCUGGUUCAGGAGAUGGUCCUGAGUGUUUUUGAAAAAAAAAAAAAAAAAAAAAGCAGUUAGCUAUGUAGUUAUGGUGAUAUGCCAUUAUGUUAUGCAGCUUGUAAAUAAAUUUUGUUUUCAGUGA